UCUAAGUGGGCACAGAAAGAGCGAAAACAGAACCAGCGAAAUAUUGAUGAGAGCUGGUUUGACUAAAUCUGCGGUGUAGUUAAAGACUUUCGGUAGUCGACAUGAUGAAAAGGCAUGGGUAAUGCUGGAAGCUCGGACAAUACAAUGUUUCAAGGUACGGUUUCGUCGCAUACACAUAUCGAAAUUAUUCGUCGUUUAAAAUUUUUCACAUUAAGGGUAAAAUUUUUAAUGAGGCCUCGAGGUGCUUGUAGUUAUGUCAUAGUUACCACUGUGAAGUUCACUUCCCGUCUCUUCUUGGAUCAGUAAAGAGCAUUUAAAGUUAAAAUCUCCGAAGUAUAGUACUUUUCAUAGCGAGAAAGGGGAUUAAUUGUUAUCGACUUGAUUCGAUCUAGCUAGCUUUCUCAUGAAAUAUUUGGUGACAGUUAAUUAUCGAGUAUUAAAAAUUACCAGAAAUAGUACGUUAGAUGAACUUUUUUCCUUAGCAAACCAUUUUUUAUCAAUCGUAGUUAGCAGUCUUGAGCCAGGUUUUCCAGUAUAUCAUCCAUGAGUAUCUUACAGAAAACGAUUCUCAUUUGGUGAAGGAUGCUUCGAAUGUAUUUUGCAAAUGCAAGCGUGUUAUCUGACAGUGAUUUCACCUAUGCAAACAAUAUUUAGAAGUUCAAACUACGACACUUCGCUUGCAUGCAAAUACAAAUCUUGUUGUAAGCUGGGUGAAUUCAUAUUAUAGGGAUUAUAAGUAAUUAAUUAGAGUAAUUUAAAAUAAGUCUAUAGUUUUCAAUGAAUUCUUAAAUUGUACACUAUCAUAUUCGCUCUAAAAAAUAAUAUAAGACUGUUUGUUUGAUCGUUUUCCCUAAAACGCAUAAUAAUCUUUUUGUAAAAUUCUAAGCGAAUAUAUAAUAUUCGCAAACCGUUUUAAUCCACCUAACUCUUAUUUAUUUUAGUUAGAUGAAGGCGUUUGUUUUGGCAAUUGGAUCGAAACAUCUCUAUUUUCUCGUUAAAACAAUAAAUGCUUCUGCCUUUAAAACAAGGUGGAAUUACCACCUGUUUUUUCUUUACUGUAACUGUCGUAAUUUCAGUAUAUCUGUAUGUAGAAGCAAAAACAAAAACACAUCACUUUGUAUUUUGCGUAUUACAAAUAACUGUCACCAGUUUGAUCGCCGGCAACAAUCUACCAUGCGACCGUUUUGUCUUGUUAUGUGGCUGCGUUGGGGACUGGUGAUGAAGGUCAUUGAUAACAGCCUCGCUUCCAACUGCGUUACGUAGAAGAGCGAGAUCAAAUGGUGGACUCUGAUAGUCUAGGUGCAGUGAAAGUGAUAUUCACACGAUAUUCGCAACUGAUCCGCCUGUUUUGAAGGUGACGAACCACUGGGCUGGGUAGAAAAAAAGACUAUUGGGGCGGACACUUUUUGAUUGACAUAACCAAAGCAAAUUUCUAAUGGGGCUCGUUUGUCUUGACACCAAAUACCUUUUCCACUAAAGCUUUCAAAUCAGGUUCCAAGCGCCCUAGAGAAACUGCGGCCCUCUGUGAUUCUCUUUUUCUUAUGAAAGCCGAGGAAGAAGUGUAGAUUUCACUGUUUUCUGCCCAUUGACUUCUGACUUCUGACCCUUGAUUACAAACUUGAGACUUUAGGCUUUGAAUUUCUAACUUCAGACUUGACAUUCAGUUUUCAGACUUUCGACUCAUGACUAAUGACUUUAGACUUCAGGGUUUAGUUUCAUAUUUCAGAAUUGAGACUUCGGACCAGGGAUUCAAAUUUUAUUUUCCCGACUUCUGACUAGCAACUUAAGACUUCGAAGUUCAGACCUCAAUCUCAGACAUCAGACCCGAUGUCUCGAUUCCUAAUGUCUCAUGUCCGAUUUUUUGUGUCCGAGGUCCGAUGUCUGAUGUCCUUUGUCCGAUGUCCGAUGUCCGAUGACCGAUGUCUGAUGCCUGAUCACUGAUGUCUGAUGUCCGAUGUUCGAUGACUGAUGUCCGAUUUCUGAUGUCCUUUUUCCGAUGUCCAAUGUCCGAUGUUCGAUGUCUGACGUCUGAUGUCUAAGGUCCGAUGUCUGAUGGCUGACGUCUGAUGUCCGAAGUCUGAUGUCCGAAGUCUGAUGAACGUCUGAUAUCUGACGUCUGAUAUCCGACGUUCGAUAUCUGAUAUCAGAUUUCCGAUGUGUGAAGUCCGAUGUUUAUCUGUCUGAUGUCCGAAGUCUGAGUAGUAACACAGGGACUGUACUUAAGGAAAUCGUAACAGCGCCACUGCGUUCGAAACGAACACGAUCUCUAUAAUAGGAAAGUUAACCCUUUCUUCAUUUUUGCCUUCGAAAAACAACAACAACAACCACAAACAUUUCUCUGAGCGGGUUUGGUGUACAACCUCGGAGACCCGGGGUCAGAGUUUGAAAACUUUUAUCGGGAAGUUUUUCACGAUUUUGCUGGCUGCCCCUGCCCAAUGUAUGUUGCGUCAAGAAGCCGCAGAUAAAUUGUUUGCUAGUAAACCUCUCAAGGAUUCCUUAUAACUAAAGAAAGUUUAGGUUUUGCUUGCGCAAAUUCCUCUGAGAGCUGGAAAAUUAAUUCUAAUGAACCUUAAACUUUGUCCACGAAUUCUCACCACAAUAAUUAUCAUAUUUGUUUUCUUUCUCUGCAGUAGCAAAGCAUUCAACUUUAUCACCGCACUGCGGAGAGGAUAGGCACAUGUUACCAGGAAGAAGCCCUUCACCGAAUAGGAGAAAUCAGGAAUCUCACCAGCAUCAUUCCAAGUUCACGCAAAUAAAAGAGGUCGUCAACGGUAAGGGAACAGCCUUUUUAAAAAAAAAAAAUAAAAUAAAAUAAAUGACUUUGACAUUCCUCGACUCCUCCUGCAAAUCGCAAUUAUCCGUGACGAUGAGUAAUUUUAAUGUUAACGAUCUUUAGGAGAUACUGACUAGAGUUUACAGAUGGGGUGCUGGCAUGGGCAGUAAACAAUCAUGUGAGAAACGAUGAACUGAAAUACACAUUUUGUUAAUUAUUGGGUCAAUCAACAGUGUGGGAUAAGGGACUUCAAGGGUGUCCUAUACAAUCAAAGGUUCUUUGUAAUUUGGGUCCUUAGAGGGCAGUUUGCAUAGUCGUACGAAAAUAAUUUGAAGCUGUUAGCGCGCGUCAUAAUGUGCGAAACUUAGCGCAUACGCAAUAAGGGUGUUGCCAUUUAAAUUCAAGUUUAGAUGAUUCUGGUGCUAAAAAUCAUCCAGCCAACUAUUUUCUAGAUUGUAAGAGAACGCCUAAAUAGCGUCAGGACACCCAAGUAACCAAAGAGCACAAAAAGAUCAGUGUGCUGCUCUCUUUGGGGCUCGCAGCAAAGGUGAUGAUGAUGAUGAUGAUGAUAGAGAACACAACACAAACCUUUAUCACAUAGUGUUUAGAAUAAGCUUUACCAGUAACAAAAUACUAAACUAUGAAUCAGCAGGAAUCAGUGAGAAAAAUGAACAAGCCUGAUAGAAAAUGAGAAGAUCAAGUAUGAUUCUUUUCAUAAUCUAUAAAAAAAAAACAAGAAAUAUAUAGAAUAUGUCCUUGAAUGACUUAUUAAGGCCGCCUCUAAUUAAAUGAAAGUAGCCUGCGAAGCAGGUUGCGACAAGUCAUCCAGCGGUCUCUACAAAACAAAGCAGUGUCAUGCGCAAUGUGUUACCCUCUUAAAAUAAUUUCAUUAUUUUAGCAGAAAAGGUUUCGUUGAUGUGUUUUGGUUCCUAUUUUGCCUUGAAAGCAAGUGCCGAUGUCUUGAGAAAUGGGUCAAGAUUUAGGAAAAACAAGCAGGCUUCUAAGUAAGAGAUGUUUAUUAAAAUCUGGGGAUUUUUUUGUUGACAUAACUGAGUUGCUGUCCUUGUCUAUUAUGUCGUUUUAGGCAUUCGACGCAAAGGUGGAAAGAGAGGACUCGAAUCAAAAAGCGAUCAUACAUCUUCUUCUCAUGGUAAGUUGGGUUUCCUUUUUCUUCUCGAAGGUCGUCGAUUGAGGAGAGAGAGAGAGAUUGUUAUACGUUCCGGCGAAAGGAUUGGCGUAUCUCCAAACAAUAAUUUACAUCUACUUUGGCCUGCUUUAGCUAAUUUCUAACUUUCAACAAGAUAAGCUUAUGCCUCCGAAUUUUUAAGUUUAGUAGAAAAGAACCAGUUUUGUAGGCUAUUUUUUUGUCGCAAUUUCUAUCUGUGAGAGCGCACGAUUGCAUUUAGGUUUUUUAGAGCCUUGAGUAACACAAAAAGUGAUGCCAAGUUUGCUCUGUAAACAUGUCGCUAUGUGUUAAUUUGAUUCGUCAUGCCAGAUGCCCUAUGUAUUUGUACGUAUGAAGACCAAUUGCGAAAUUAUCAAACAAAAGAUCAAUACUAUUUAUAUGAAUUGUUAAAUCCAUAUUUCCCUGCAAGCAGAGUUUCGCAAGGAUACUAUGUUAGCACCGAAGAUCCUUUAUCAAAAUUUACCCUAGUGUUGGUAUUUGCUUGUAAGUGUUAAUUUUUCGAGUGAAUGUUUCCUCCUUAUUUAAAGCUCUUUAGCAGUUUUCAAGAGUUUAAAAUGUCAUGUUUCUGAGGAACAUUAGACUGAUAUACAGCAUGAAAAAAUGACUGUAUGUAUAUUUUUAGUUCUCUUGGGAAUACAUGAAAACUGGUGUGCAUGUAUUCAUAAUUUAUAGCUUCAAUACCUGUUCAAAUAAGAUGUGUAAAUUAAAUCACGCAAAAUGUGUCCCCUAUAAACAAGUCAUUUUGUUUCCAGAAAAUAUACAGAUCUAUCAUGGAAGUAGUAUUAGUCUUUGUCAUUCAGGCGUUAUUGUACAGCAAAAGACUUGAGUGCUUGCUCACUGGCAUCAACAGUCGGCAUAUCAGAUUGUAAUGCCAUGCUCACAUAUCAGUUUUGUGGCUAAAAUACUCUACAAUCUCAUGAUUUUGAACCUGAGUGGUGUAAAUUGAGUCUACAAGUCGCUAUUGGUACAAUUUCAUUUAAUCUCGUUUUAGAGAAAAAAAGAAAAGAACACAACAUGUGCAUUUUGUAAUAAUUCUAUACCUUAACAUCAAUAGCCCUUAUGCAUGUUUAUGUCACACAAGCAAAUUUCACCACCAAGCCUCGUUUUGAAAUUAAAAAUAAGCGAAUUUUCACAGAAAUGAAUUCCCAAGGCAGUAGAGUUGAAAAGAAUACCCACGCACAAAAAGUGCAAAUGCAAAAAAUUUUGUUCACAAACGAGGCUUGUUGGUGAAAUUUACUCGUCUGACGUAAUCAUGCAUAGGGGCUAUUCUUGCAGAACCUCUGAAAAUCUUGGUGGUGGAUUAUUUCUUUUGUAUUCACUACAUAUUAAUAAAUAUUUUUUUUCCUUUAAUGGCCAGAGAAAUGUAUGUACAUGUUUUCUGGGAAAAUGUAAAGAGCCAUAUGCUAUUUCCACAUCAGGUUACGUUAUCAUGUUUGAUUUUUUUUAGAGUGAUGAACCUCACCUUCGUAAAUUAACUUUCAUGAAAGAACAUUAGAAGUAGAAGGCAGUCAUUGCCUUAUAAAAUUACAGACGAAAGCAAAUCUAAGGAAAAAAAAAGUAACGUAAUUCAUUUACCACUAUGUAACUUUUAAUUUAGUUACUAAAUUUACUUCUAUUCUAAUUUAGAAACCAUUUUUCCUGUGGGAAAUCAAAAUAAUCAUUUACUGUUUUAUUUUAUUUUAUUUUUCAAAUGCAAAGACCAAUGGUGGAUCAUUUAUUUGCAGUACAUGUGUACAGCCGUCACAUUUCCCCUGGGAAAUUGUUAUUGUGUUUAAGCUCAAAAGCUCAAUAGCAAAUGUGAUGGUUAUGCAUAUGCUUGUGUAUGUGUCAAAUGAAUCCAACCAAAAUAUUCAUUCAAAAACAUUUUGAUAUUUUUGAAAAAGUCAUUUAUGUAAAUGUAAAGUUGUAUAAAUUUUUUAUUAGCUAUACCUGCUGGUCUGCACUGAUUUUCACCUUUGCUGUAACAUGUAUUUCUUUUUAUAAGCUGUUGUUUUUGCGCAGUGUACAUGUACCUAUGAUGUUCCGCCAACAAGCAUGUUAGUAGCUGUUUUUGGAAAAAAAUGAUUCCCUAGCCUAAAAUGUACUUCACUCUUUGUCAACAGUGGAGUUCUAUUUCUAACUGACAGUGGUUUCAAUGAAAUUUGAAUUGGGAAUGAACUGUUGCUUAAUACUUAACGCAACUGUCCAAUAUUUCAAGUCUUACAAAGAAUUACGGUGUAUGUGGCACUUUUUUAACCUUUCUGUCACCCAAGAAAUUUGGUAGUUUUGAGAUUCUGUUUUUGUUUCGAUUCCUUUGUUUUUUUGUCUUUGAGAUACAAAUUACAGUGUGUGACAUGUAUGUGUAAACUUUCUUGAUACAUAUAAUUAAAGAGUGCUCAGGAUAACAUUUCAUAAUCAAUGUUACUCAAAUUCUAUCCCAUGCAUACUCUUGGCACAACUCUUCACUGAUACAUGUACAUUGUAUCCGUGUCCAUUUUUUGGGGUCUGUGUUGUAGGAAAGAUAAAACAUACUUUUAUUUUGUGUAAAUACAUUUUGCUUCUUUUUAGAAAGUGUCACAUUCACCAGAGGGACAUAAUUUCUGGUACAUUUAGUAGGCUACUCUACCCCCGUGCAUGUAUCCACCUAUGUGUGAAACAAUAUGUAUCUUUUUAGGGAGAGGGGGGGCGGGGAGGAAGAAAUGUUUUGAUGGCUAAAAUCAAAGCACCAAAAGAAGUUUUUCGCCCAGUAGCAUUACAGUUGUGUAUCAUAGUCACCACAAUGUAUGUAUUCUCCCAUGUUUUUCAUUUACAUGUACAAUGUAUCAGAACAGCUGCCUAUACAUUCACCUGCCAGCACUAGGAAGGGAGCUAGUUGAAAAAUAAAAAUUUUCCCAGUGUUUCUUUGAUAGCAAGAUUGAUCACCUAUUUUAUGUGAAAUAUUAUUAUAAAAUGUAUGUUGACAGAGAGAAGUAUUUAGUGGCUUAAUUCCUUUUUGUGUGUGUGUGUAAUAAUUUUUCAGACUCUAUUUUACUCUGUUUUAUUAGAUGGAUUAGAGAAAGUUGAAUGGGAUACGUAGCGUUAUCAUUAUUUCAACUCUCCUUCCAGGCUGAACCACAACAACCUUACAAAUGAAGUUUUUAAACAAUGCAUUAAUUAUUGGCUGCACAAUAAACUAUUAAAGCUCUUUAACGACAAUGUAUUUUUAGACCACAGCAAUGAGGAAUCAAGUCUCCAUUUCGGAGUCAGAGUUGAGGGUAUUGAUGAGCUGAUGUCAAAUACAAAAUUCUCAAGAGAGGAGUUGCAAAGAAUGUAUAGAGGGUUUAAAAAUGUAAGUACACAGGCAUAAGUAUUAAUUUUUUCUUUCGUCAAAAUUUUGCUUCAAUAGUAUAUGCUUUUCAGUCUCUGACGAAGCUAUUAAAAUGAAAUCUCUGAAUAUUGAAAUAGCUUAAAAAGUUCAGUUAUCUCUAAAAACAGUCAAAGCCAAAUAAGUACCACAGCUACAUGUAUCACUGUAUACAUGUAGCAACAUGGCAUUUUAUAGAUGUGGUUCCUGUGGUUACAAUAGUAUAUUGUAUGAUUAAUGUAGUAAUAAAAAUAAAAAUCAUGGUUAAAACCCUGAGCUUUAUGACGUUAACCUAAUCAGCCUGGUAAACAAAGUUAAAAAGUGUGAUAUUGUGAAAAUGGAACAGCUAUGAUGUAUACAUGUUUAAAUAUCAAAGUAGCAUGAAUUAUUAGAUGUUCGAGACUGUACACUGUACUGUUUUCUUUUGUGAUUUCCCAGUGUAAAAAACUAUUUUUCUGUUUAACUCCUUGAUAAUAUCACAAAUGCUAGACAAUAGCAAAGAAUUAAAUUAUUUAAAUUUAUUUUAAAAAAGGUUAAUUAUCGUACAUGUAAAUAUGGACAUAUAAAUUUUAAGAGGAAGAACAAUCAAAUAAUAAAGAAAUAAUUAAUUAAUUAUGUGCUAAUGUUCUGAAGAGUUUUGAAAUAAAAGGUCUGUAUUAAUAUCAUGCUUUAUUGUGACAGGAAUGCCCUAAUGGAACAGUUGAUAAAGACACUUUUAAGAAAAUUUAUGCCCAGUUUUUUCCUUAUGGAGGUAUGUCUAAGUUGAACGUAAAAAUGUCAUGAAAAAAAGAAAUGAACUGGCAUUAAAAUGAUAUUUACCCUUAAGCUAUCUGUAAAUCAGCAUGAUGCUCAAUAAACUAUUUACAUAAAUUAAUAUAAAAAUAGAAAAUUGUGCACUGAAAAAGGAUCUACAUGAAUGUGUACAUACUUUAAAAUCAAUAAAUUAGUGCCAAUUUAUUAAAAAUUAAAACAGAGGAAAAUAACUGAUGUAGGAUUACUUGUAAAAAUUAAUUGUACUUUUUGUAUCAUUGUUAAAUUGUUUCUCAGGUAUUAACUUUUGAACUUUUUUGAAAAGUGUUUGAGUUGAGUUGUUUUGGAGUGUUUUGAACAGCAAACACUAGCAUUGUAUAGCUGGUCUGCAGUUGCAAAUAAGCAGGCACCCUGAGUGACAUUUUCCCCAUAGUGAUGGCACAGCUCAUAUAACUGUGACUGCUAAGCAAUACAACAAGACUAGUGUGUUUGAUAAUAUUCACAUUGUGCUGUCUUCCUUCCAGAUUCAAGCCUUUAUGCAAAUCAUGUAUUUAAUGUCUUUGACCAAGACAGAGAUGGAAAAGUUUCAUUUGAGGUACAUGUCAGAAUAAUAUUGCAUAAAAUAUUGGAAUUUGUUUGACCUAUGACAACUGUCAAUUUUUUACCAGUUGUAGAGGCCAUUUGUGGAUGCAACUGAUUUUAAUCUAAAAUGUGAUGAUUUACCAAGUUGAGCAUGUCACAAAUAUACUCUGUAUCGUGAUUUGCAAAGCUGCUCUCCAAAAAAGUAUCCUUGUGGAAUGCACGACAGAUCUCCUAAAAGUCUCAUUUAGUAGGACCCCUACAUACUUACAAAUAUGUAUAAAAGUCUCAUUUAAGCAUGGUAUGGUGCGUAGAUACAGCUGUUAUGGUGGUAAUCAGGUGUAUAGUGGUAAUUGUAUCUAAUUAAUUAACCCCAGGAUUUUGUGACUGGCCUGUCAGUGUCUCUUUAUGGCUCUAGAGAAGAAAAAAUGAAAUGGGCAUUCAAGCUGUAUGAUCUGAAUGGUGACGGUUGGAUAACAAGAGAGGUACUGUACAUUUACUUCUAAAUUUGGUACAAAGUUGAGUGACUAAUAAGUAGGAGGGAGAAGAAAAGAAAUUAUGUAGCGUAUGUUUUUUUUUGUUAUCUAUUGCAUCAUUACCACAUGCCUUUGCCCAUUUAGUCUGUGAAUUGUACUCCACUCUACACUGUACCUCAGCUCUUGUGUGUGGGGCGUGUUACCCUUAGCUUAUGAUUACAUUAUUGGUUGAGGACCUUUCACCUUUAAUAUUGGAUACUUCAAAGGAGCUGUGUCACAAAAUUUAUCAAUAUGCAAACUGUGGGAGAUGCGGGGUGCAAAGAAAAUCAUUUUUACAGCUUGCCAUUCGGGCAAGCUGAAGCUAGCAUUUACUAGCCCAGAUGUCAUUCAACUAGCCCCAAAAACAUUUUGACUAGCGGAAUUGAUCUCACAGUUCUUCUGUUAUUCAAAUUCCUCAAAAAACAUCACUUGCCGGUUGGGCAAGUUAAAAACAGAAUUCACUUGCCUGAUAGCAAAAUCCACUAGCCCUGGGCUAUCGCACACUACUUUCUUUGCACACUGGGGAGAUGCCACCAAAUUCAGCAAAACAAAUUGGUUGGUUGUUGGGCUAAUUGAAUAUUUUGAUUGCAUUGUUUUCAGGAGCUGGCUACAGUGGUUCAUUCAGUUCACUGUAUGAUGGGACUUGAUUCCAUGCCAUCAGCUGGUAGUGAAGAGAUGAGUAUUGAGGAACAAGUCGAGAGGCUAUUUGUGGUAAGGAAUAGUUAUGUAAUAACAAAAACGACCUCUUUAUAAAUUAUAGAGGAGCAGCAGCAGCAGCAACAGCAGGGAAAAAUUCUGACAGAGUCCACUGGUUUAACUGUUGUAUUGCACUUGUGCAAAUUAGAAAUUACAACAAUCUAUUGAUUAAUUGACAGACUUUUACAAUAAUAGUUAUAUAUUUGAUUAUUUUUACAGAAAAUGUGCAAUAUGAAUAUUAAAUAUUAAAUAUUAUUAUACUAUUAGCGGAGCUAAGAAGGGUAAAGGAGUUAAAGUACAAAUUGCAAUGCUGGAUAAAAUGGAAGGAAAAAAGAGAAAAGAAAAACGGAAACGUUAUCUUGUCAAACUUUCUGCAUUUCGUCUACUUGACUGGAGCUUACACUGUAUAAUAUGCGAAAGGUAUCAAUUCUAGGAGUUUUACAGUAAGUUUGUUUGCUAACGUAUUCAACAAUUUUUAGCUAAUGGACAAGAAUCAAGAUGGCGUUAUUUCAGAAGAGGAGUUCUUGGACGGAUGUGAGAGGGUAAGAAAUAAUGUAAAUAGCUUAGUAAAUGCAUGCAUAUGUAACAGACUUUGAAAGCGAGGAAUAACAAUGUGAAGGAAAAAGGGGUAUUUUUAAAACCGUUUUAACAAUGUAAAAGUUUGCUAUUUGAUGUUUAAUUACACUAGUAUAUACUACUACAUGAGGAAUAACGUGUGUUCAAUUAAGUGUCUUAAAACCUAAACCAACUGAGUAGUUAAGGGAAGAGAUAGUAAUGAGAGACAUUUUAUCAAGAAACGUUUUUCCCUUGGGUUUUUCUUGGCUGGAUGAGUAUCUGGAUCAUAAUUCCUGAUUAAGUUACAGCACAGGCAGCCCAGACAUGCUGAAUAUUGUGUAUGUCAUUUACAAUAAUUAUAAAGAUCGACAAAAGAGGACCGGAGUCGACUAAAUUCCACUGAAGAGUAUUCAAAUUAAAGUGAUAAUUCUUAAUAAUUGUUCUUUUAGAAUUUGUGUAUAUCAUUGUUUAAUUUUCCAGUGAAUUUUGCUCUGUUCCUCUUUCAAUUUGACGCUCUUAUGAGCCUUGUAUUAACAGACUAAACAGAGCCUAAAAUCAAAGUAUUACAAAAUGAAGCUUACAUACCUCUUUAGCUGAAUGUCUCCUUGUCAGUCUUGGCCGUUAUAAAUGGCAUUUUGUCGAGUUUUCCACUUGGAGGUAGCAUCCACUGUGUAAGAGUUAUAAACCUUCGAAAAUAAUUUUGACUUUCAGUCAUUUUGAAAUCAAUCCUACUCAAGUAAGAAAUAAACAUAAGAACGUAGAUUAACAGGCCGAUUCAAGUCGGUUUUGUUUUCAGAGAUCGGUAACAAAAUUCAACUUCUCUUUCAGGAUGAAUCUAUUAAACAAAGUCUGGCAAUGUUCGACUCCGUAAGAUGAAGAGAUAAAGCAACAGAAGAGUUGAAAAUAAUAAAAGAUAAUAUAAAACAUGUGCCUAAUCCAUAAAUUAAAGUAAAAAUUGAUUGUCCCAUUAUUUUUAGCCUUAGUAUUUACAGAUAAUUAUGUCAGUAUUUAAAAUUAUUAGUUCCCUGUUUUAGGGGGUUGUAAUGCAGAGAGAAGAACAAAAAGAGGAUGAAUAAAUAAGGACUCAGAGCAAAGAGAUUUUGCGGUGCGAAAUAUAUCGAGGUUUUCUCAACGUCACUCUUCAUUUGUUUGUUGCAGUCGGUCACGUGAUCAUCUUUACGUAGCUAUUUCUAGACAAUCAGAUGACCAACAAGUAAGGCGUUGAGAAAACAUCAGAAUAUUAUGUUUCCAGAGUAGGAAGUUAACUUUUUUAUAAACCAUGAAACCGGUCAACAUUUUGCACAUUGGAUAAAUAUUUCACUCGUCGGUUGCCCACUUUCUUAGUAUUUAUGUUACAAAUUGUAUAAUAUUUAGACAUGUAAAGCGUUAUUUAAAAUAUUUAAGUAUUUAUUGUCAUAUUCUACGGUCAUUCUUAAGUGGAUAAAAAUCUUACACUGACACUUUUUCAGUCACAUUUUAAAGGAUUUUUGAAAAUUUGAACCCUUCAUUUGACGUUUAUCAUUUUAGAGUAAUUGAAUAUUUCAGGGCCUGUUUUUAAAGGGAGGUAACCCGCUUUUUUAACCCGCCUGUCCAUAUAAAAUUUGAACCUUCAUUUGACGUUUAUGAUUCAAAUUCACUUUGGCGGUGGCUUUGCAUCAUUAAUGAAGGUUGCAGCAAGAGCAGCAAGUGAGUGUAGAAGAGCAUUAAUCGCCAAAACACGUGGUUUGCCAGCAUUUUAUCUUGUUUACGUGCUUAGUGACCAUUCAAUAAUCUUGAGAAAGUGCACCCCGGGAUUGCGGGGUUGUAGGAUUGCAUGUAAGCAGGUUACCUCACCUUCCUGGGGUCCCCCACCUCCAUGUAAACAGACCCUAAGUCACACAUCGUCGCACGAAACAUAGUUUGACAUUGAUAUGGAAGUCAUGCAUUGGGGGCGCAACC